UGCGCCGGAAUUCGGUAGCCCGUGGAUAAGUCUCCGGGUAACCCCGCGUGCAGCCCUUUUCUGCCUGAGCCAGCGAGCGGGACGCGGGGAGGGGAGCGGAGCGUCUUCAUAAUGACUGACUGGGAGACAGCCCCUGCUGUGGCAGAGACUCCUGAUAUCAAGCUGUUUGGAAAGUGGAGCACAGAUGAUGUUCAAAUCAGUGAUAUCUCCCUGCAGGAUUACAUUGCUGUGAAGGAGAAAUAUGCUAAGUAUUUGCCUCACAGUGCUGGGCGCUAUGCUGCUAAGCGCUUCCGUAAAGCCCAGUGCCCCAUUGUGGAGCGCCUCACCAACUCCAUGAUGAUGCACGGGCGCAACAAUGGCAAGAAGCUCAUGACAGUGCGCAUCAUUAAGCAUGCUUUUGAGAUCAUCCAUCUACUCACAGGAGAGAAUCCCCUACAAGUCCUGGUGAAUGCCAUCAUCAACAGUGGCCCUCGUGAGGACUCCACGCGUAUUGGUCGAGCUGGCACAGUGAGGAGGCAGGCUGUUGAUGUGUCACCACUGCGUCGUGUCAAUCAGGCUAUCUGGUUGCUUUGCACUGGGGCACGUGAAGCUGCCUUCCGAAACAUAAAAACCAUAGCUGAGUGCCUAGCAGAUGAGCUGAUAAAUGCAGCAAAGGGUUCCUCCAACUCCUAUGCCAUCAAGAAGAAGGAUGAGCUGGAACGUGUGGCCAAGUCCAACCGUUAA